AUGUCUGACACAUAUGCACCUGUUCAAGACUCCGAGACGGCUCGGGGGCUUCAUGCCCGCCCCGAAGACAAACUGAAGUGUGGCAUCCUUCGCAAACCAGAGGAUGGCCAAGGCAGAACAGAGGACGAGACCGUGAUACCUUGUUCAUCUCCCGAUGCAUACACCGCAUCAGCGGUGAAAGACAUCUCAAGCUCAUCCGAGCUCAAAAUAUAUCUCACCGAUGAUGCGACGGACGCAACCAGUGUCACACAAGAUAGCAGUGAGGUUGGCGAAGAUCACGAUGUCCCAUGCAACCAACCCGCCACACUGUCGCUGCGCGACAGGAUAAGCGAUGCGCAUCGGAUCUUGACAGGCGCCGUACCGUUGCGCCAAGUCAGUUACUACAGAGCUGUUCGAGCGAUAGAAGACACUAUCCUCUUCAAUCGCCGGUGGGAGAGGUAUCAUCGCGCGGUGGAGGCCGCAGGCGGCUGGGUACCCGAAUGGUGGAUCAUAGUGGGCGACAGGCCUCGCUUGGUGGAGGUUAUCGUAGACCGCUGGAGGGAGGAGGGAGAUUGGGAAGGACAGGAGAAGACCAUCCACUGGGAUUGGUAUUGCGGGGAGAGCCCGCCGUCGUAUGAAGAGUUGUGGUCAAUCGGCAAAAAAGCUGCCGCAAUCUGGAACAAGAUUCGCGAAACCUACAAGCCCCCAAUCACAGCCACAGAAUAUGCUGCUCGCCUUUCGGAGACGACAAGCAGACCACUCAAUGCCGAGGAGGCUCCGUCCAUUGAGAUCAGCAUCACGGGCCCACCUGAAGACGAGCUUAACCCAGGCUUCCGGAGCGGUAGGACGAUCGGUCAAGACCCCGCUUUCCUUACGACUACACUGCUGCGGGAUACGACUCGUCUGCCACGUGUACAGAGCGAAGAGCGAAGGAAGAGACACGGGACAUGUGGGCAGCGAGGAAUGUCGCACCCGGGGAGUCAAGGGGACACGAUGAUGAAUCUCAAAACGCGACCGCUUGAACGCCAAUAG